GGGAGUCGGAAUAGCGUAGGAGUAUAGAUCGGUGAAGAAGGUCCCUCUGGCACUCAGUCCUCUUCUAAACCCCAUAGAAGGCUUAAUAACUUCCUGAGCAUUGCUGAAUCAAAUUUAGAGUUGACUUUUCGAGUCUGCAGGAUUUUCUGACUCAUUGUCCAUCGGCAAACGGCGUUUAGAUAACAUCUGAUAAGGCAUAAAAGUCAUCUUGGGCGUGAACGGUAUUGAGCCUGUUAACAGUAAAAAAAGAACACUUUUUCAAGAUGGCGAAGAUAAAUUUCGGUACGAUGUUAGUACUCGUAGCUUUUUUCAGCAUUAUAUAUGAAGCUGAUGCAUGGGGUGGUCUAUUUAAUCGCUUUAGCCCUGAAAUGCUUUCUAAUCUUGGUUAUGGGAGUCACGGAGGAUACUUGAGCAGGUCACCAUAUUUACAGCGACAAUUAUCCGGAGGCUAUGAAAGUGCCUAUGGAAAGGCUGCGGAAGAAGAAACAGAGGAACCUUGCUACGGUAGACGAUGUGUAAUCAAUGAACACUGCUGUCCAGGUUCUGUAUGCGUUAACGUCGAUGGAGUGGUUGGUACUUGCAUCUUUCCCUACGGACUGAAACAGGGCGAACUGUGCAGAAGAGAUAAUGACUGUGAAACUGGUCUUAUGUGUGCCGACGUCGCUGGCGGAGAAUCACGCUCUUGUCAACCACCUGUAACAUCUAAUAAGCAAUACAGUGAAGAAUGCACCAUGUCUGGCGAAUGUGACAUCGGUCGGGGAUUGUGCUGCCAACUUCAGAGACGUCAUCGACAAGUGCCACGAAAAGUCUGUUCUUACUUCAAGGAUCCUCUGGUCUGCAUUGGUCCCGUUGCUACAGAUCAGAUAAAAUCAAUCAUACAGUACACAUCCGGUGAGAAGCGAAUUACCAAUCAAGGAAAUCGCAUCUUUAAGCGAGCAACCUUUGCCUAAAGUAAUUCAAUUUUAUGGAAUCCGAUCGAGGUCGACUACUAUUACUGCAUCGACAUAAAAGGAGAAAAUGUCUACUUAGUUGUCGUGAACUUAGAUAUGUACGUCGAUUACGUUUUCUUAAUCACGUUUAAAGCUUUACCUUCCGUCCGUGGCGCGCGUGGAAUGCGGUAAAGAUAAAUUAUGCGCUAGGUAAAGAAUAUAUAAAAAUGAAGGGGAGAAAAUAUGAAAAAGGAAGAAAUGCCCUAAAAACGGAUAAAAAUGCGAAACGCGACACGGCUUCCAUUUUUUCAUUGUUGCGACUGAAUAAUACAACACAUAUCAGAGUGACAUCGUUACUCUCUAGGAAAUUGUCGAUAAUUAAGUAAAUUUAUUGUGAAGCUAUAUGCACAAAGCAAGUAUCGCAAAAUGGAGGAUGCACGGAAAAAAAAUGAGAGCACAAAGAGACCUAGUGUUCGUAUCUCUGAUGUAUAGAGACUGCGGACUAGUUAUAUUUUAUCUUCUUGAAUUCGGAAUUUAAUAUACUUUAUAUCAAAAUAAAAAAACCGCGUCCAUUAACAGCCCUCGCGAGGGGAAUAUGGAUACUAAAGUUAUUAAAAAUAAUAAUUAGUAUAGACGCGUGUACAACUAUUUGGUGAAAAGUUAAAAAAAAUUAUACUAAUCACUAGAGAAAACAAAAAUUCCUAGACACACAGAAGUUCCGAUCGCAGCCGUGCAACCUCUGCGUGUUGAUCGUAUAUCAAAAAUCUUGAUGUUUCCUAUAUUAAAACUAAACUCGAUAAGGGAAAGUUAAACAUAUCACGCGAAUGCCUAAAGCGUUAAAGAAGGAAGUAUACAAAAAAAAAUAUAAAAAAGGAAAAAGAAAAACUCGACAUAUUGAAUGUUACUAUGAGAUGUUCUAUUGAAAUUAUAUUUUUAUCUUCGAUCCAUAUGUAUACUUAAGCUAUAUAUUUCCAUAAUAUUCAUAUAUUUUCUCGAGGUGUAUAUAUAUAUAUAUAUACACAUACAUUAUAUAUAAGCUUCCAAUCUAAAAUCAAUCGUACGUAUGUAUUAAUUAAUAUUUAAUUUGUGAUUCGAAUUUCAUAAGACUUGGCCUAUUUAGGUCGGAUGGAACCUUCUUAUGUUUGUCUUAUAUUUAUACGUGGUGCCGCCACCUAUUGAUCAUCUCGUGAAACGAUAAUUUUGUCUAGUUUAUUUUAUUGUAAUUUUUAUAUCUUCUACACAUUUUAGACGAAGAUGAAGACACGUUGAUCUGCAUACAAUAGUGUAACAAUACUUGAUGCGUAAGAUCAUUCCAAAAUAUAUGGGAAAUAUAAUGGGAAUUAUUGUUACUAAGAAUGUUAUAUGUGAUACUUAAUUAAUAAUUAAGUACUCGAGGUGAUAGAUAGUAUACAGGGUGCAUCUGCACAUACGUACGAUUCAUUAUGGACUAUAUACGUAGGAAGUCAAGCCAUUAGGCUUUGAGUCAAAAGUACCUCUAUCGAAUAAUUCAUUCCAGUAUAUAUGUGUAAUGUUCACGAUUGUAAUGUCGAAAAGUACAUGAAUAAUAACUCAAUGUGGAAUAAAUACUCGCACGUAGCAAAGGAAUUAUUAUAUUUAUAUCGUCACAGAUAGGAGAAGAUGUCCGAGGAACAUCCGUAAAAUGUCCGAGAACAUGUUUUGGAUGUUUGUGCUAUGUGAACUCUGUGUACAUACCAAGGAGAACUAGUAAAGAGGACCUGGCUUAUGAAA